AUGUCGAUAAUGCUUUUGGUUCGCCAGCAGACGCAGUGUCGGCCGGGGAUGAAAACAUCCUUGUCCCUGGCAGCGGUGGGCCACCUUGCCAGCUGCCCCAUUUCCAUUCUGGACUGCGUGUGGCAGCUGUUCCUGCAGCCCUGUUCCCCUGCCCAACAUUCAAUUGCCUCUCCCCAAACCUUGCCCUCACUUGCACCAUCGCGUUCGGAUGUCAACACCACGAGCCGUGUUCACUGCGGGGCAGGGCCAGCACAGGGUCUGGGAACGCACCAGGCUCCGGGGUGUCUUCGAUUGGUACACCCAACCCCUCGGACCAGCCCGUGA